AUGGUAACUAAACGCGAAUGUAGCAAGGGCUAUGCCUUUUUGUGUGAAAACGUACUCAGCCCAUGUGGCUUAGGCUGCCUCACUGAUGGUUGGAGAAAUGAAAAUGAAAAUGUGCGCCACAAUGAAGUGAGUCGGCCUCUAGUUGUAGUUGAAUUUUUUCCUCAACACUCUCUGAAAUUCGAAGAUAGAUCUGCAAUUCUUUCACAUUCAUGUUGGCCGGUUGGCGCUGAGCCGUCCGUCAGGCUUGACUGCCAAGUGGGGCUUUGUUGCGAAGCCGAACGGCUCUGGCCGACCGGCAAGUGGACUGGUCGUUGUUGGCGUCUUGAAUGGGCCGACCAACUGAGCCACCUGAUCAUCGGACUGCUCGAGGCCGAGGCCGGCGCCGGGCCCGACACGGCGGUCUCGCAGUUCGUCAACGGUUUGCGCGUCUGGAUGCGCCAGUACCUGGACCAGCUGCCCAGAGGUGCCGGCUCGAAACCGGCGCCUUCGAGUGCCGUCGCGAGGGCAGGCCUCGAGCCGACUCGGCACAACACGAACAGUGAGCAGGUGGAAACCGCGCCCGGAGCGGCGGCAGCCCGCCUCCUCCAUGCACAGCCAGUCUUCGUGUCGGCUACUUCACCGGGUUCCUAUCAGCCGCAUCACCAGCAGCAGCAUCCGCGGUACCACCAUCGGGCCGACUCUCACCAGCACCAGCCUCAGCUCUACCAUCAGCAGCCUCCUCAAGACUACUACCGCCAUUGGCCCCAUCCUCACACGAGUCCACUCUCACCGCCAUUCUUCCCCGCCAACUUGGAUCGCUUCAUUGGCUCCCUUCAACCCGACCCCGACCCUGACCCCGGUUCACACGACCACCCGGCCUGUACCAUCGAGCCGUCUUCAGUCUCACCGCCAUCCGCC